AUGGCGAUUCCCGAGCAGGUUCCCGGGGAAGAAUAUGACUACGAAGCCCUCCCUUCCAACUAUGGCCUCGGCCGGAACAUGUUGGCCGGUGCCUUCGCCGGUAUAGCGGAACACGCUGUUAUGUACCCGGUGGAUCUAUUAAAGACUCGCAUGCAAAUCUUGCACCCCACAACCGGAGGUCUCUACACAGGCCUCACCAAUGCUUUUUCCACAAUCUACCGCAUUGAAGGGUGGCGAACGCUAUGGAAGGGUGUCUCGAGUGUGAUUGUUGGUGCUGGCCCGGCCCACGCCGUGUAUUUCGGAACAUAUGAGGUGGUGAAAGAGAUGGCAGGCGGAAACGUCGACGAUGGCCACCACCCCCUUGCGGCCGCGCUGAGUGGCGCUUCCGCGACCAUUGCCAGCGAUGCCCUGAUGAACCCAUUUGACGUGAUCAAGCAGCGGAUGCAGGUUCAUGGCUCCGUCCACAAGACCCUCCUCCAGUGUGCGCAGUCAGUCUACAGGACCGAAGGUCUCCAAGCGUUCUACGUCUCCUACCCCACCACUCUGUGCAUGACCGUCCCCUUCACCGCGACGCAGUUUGUCGCCUACGAGUCGAUUUCCAAGGUCAUGAACCCGUCGCAGGAUUAUGACCCCUUCACGCACUGCAUCGCCGGUGGUCUGGCGGGCGCCGUGGCUGCCGGAAUCACCACGCCACUGGACGUGGUGAAGACUCUGCUGCAGACCCGGGGUCUGGCGCAGAACGAGGAAAUCCGAUCGGCCAAGGGGCUGUUCAACGCCGCGGCCAUCAUCAAGCGGCAAUUCGGCUGGCGCGGUUUCCUGCGCGGCGCCCGUCCCCGCAUCAUCUCGACCAUGCCCAGCACGGCCAUUUGCUGGACAUCCUAUGAAAUGGCCAAGGCGUAUUUCAAGCGCCAGGUCGAUGUCUAA